GCUGCCGCCACUGCCGCCGCCUCACCCGCGGCGACACAGACGCCGGGAGCGGCCGAGGCGAGUGACUUCUUCUGACUUGAGCUGGCAGUGUGCUUUGAGAGAUCUACCACAGUUGCAGGGCCAUUGAACUGCUGGUGAUCAAAUCUGUCGUGAUCCCGUGGAGAGCUCUGAGGUCCGAGGUGCUGUGUGACUGCAUAUUCUGAAUUCUUGCUGCCAGGAUGGGGAAACAGAACAGCAAGCUGCGCCCGGAGGUCAUGCAGGACUUGCUGGAAAGCACAGACUUUACAGAGCAUGAGAUCCAGGAAUGGUAUAAAGGCUUCUUGAGAGACUGCCCCAGUGGACACUUGUCAAUGGAAGAGUUUAAGAAAAUUUAUGGGAACUUUUUCCCUUACGGGGAUGCUUCCAAGUUUGCAGAGCAUGUCUUCCGCACCUUUGAUGCCAACGGAGAUGGGACAAUAGACUUUAGAGAAUUCAUCAUAGCCCUGAGUGUAACAUCGAGGGGGAAGCUGGAGCAGAAGCUGAAAUGGGCCUUCAGCAUGUAUGACCUGGACGGAAAUGGCUACAUCAGCAAGGCAGAAAUGCUAGAGAUUGUGCAGGCAAUCUAUAAGAUGGUUUCCUCUGUGAUGAAAAUGCCUGAAGAUGAGUCAACCCCAGAGAAAAGGACAGAGAAGAUCUUCCGCCAGAUGGACACCAACAGAGAUGGAAAACUCUCCCUGGAAGAGUUCAUCCGAGGGGCCAAGAGCGACCCGUCCAUAGUGCGCCUCCUGCAGUGCGACCCCAGCAGCGCCGGCCAGUUCUGAGCCCUGCACCCCACGAAUUGUAGAGCUGCUUGUGUUCCCUUUUGAUUUUUCUUUUUAACAAUUUUUUUUUGCCAAACAAUAUUGACGGUGAUGCUGUCCCCCGUGCAGUCAGAUGCACCUUCCUCCGUGACGCCUUCAGCUUCUUUUGUCGUGGACGCUUCGUGGGAAUGCCCAGAGCCCCAUCGCGCUUGUGGAGAGCAUGGACAGUGCUGUCGUGCACAGACUUUGUGGUGUUCGUUGUUCUGAUGAUUUUUCAUCGUUAUUAUUAUUUUUCUUUUGAUUCUAAUGUCUCUGUUCUAAAACCGAAGACUGGGGAGGCAAGAGAAGAGAAACCAAUCUAGUCCCAGUGAUUCUAAUUGCAAGCUUCCAGGGGCUUGUUUGAAAAAGACAGCUCCCCAACUGGGUCUGUUGUCACACAUGCCCUAGGGGUGACGGCACCAGAUGCUGGAUUCCCCAAGGACAAGUAACCCUCCAGGGCCAGGCUAUUAGAGGGAUCUAGGGAAUUCCUCCCUGGGGGCCACUCCACCCUCUUCCCCAGCAGGCUGUAGUUUCUAAGCUGUGAACAUUUCAAGGUAAAUUAAUAGAGGAAAAAGAUGGCUCAGCUAUUUUUUCACAGGUUUACACUAGUUGAGCUAAGAUGAGUUUCUUUGAAAAUUAAACACAAAUGGUAACUUAUAUUCCAAAACCAGACCCAUCUUGUUGCCUAUUGUGAUUAAAAAAAAAAAAGACUGCUGUAUAUAAAAUAUUGGGUAUUGCAGACCAAAUUGUUUUGCCUUGUUUAAAUGAAAUGCAUGUCUAGUGAGCACUAAUACAAUCUUAUUACAGAAGACUGUUUUUAGUAGCUUAUUGUGAAGUAAGCCAGCUAUAAUGAAUGUCUGUGUCUUCUUUUAAAGUCAUAUCUGUCUUUGCACAAAUGCACCAAUCAACAGGUAUAUUUUAUAUAUUCCAGAAAAGUACAAAGUAACCAUGACCAGGGCCCAACCUUAAUUUGAAUGCUUUUCCAGAGCGGUAGUGCCUAGAGAAUGAAGCAGAGCGGGUUUCGUGGGAUGUACCAGUUGGAGCACCAGAGGUUAAUUUAUGAGAGAUGUGACGCAAUGGCUUGCUCUCAGCCUAGCACCUCACUGGUAGUAUUAGACUGGAGGCGUGAUGUUUUUCUCAGCAGAUCAGUAUUCUGUAUCCCGGAAAAAAAAAAAUAGCCUAACUUCUCGGGACUUAUCAAUGGUUUAAUUCAUGUGUUUAGUUAGGAAGCCAUAUCUGGAAUGUUGACUUUUCCAUGCCCCCAGUGGCCCUUCAAAGAGUCAGAGGUUGGGCAAUCACCUGAUUCAUCGAGAAGAAGUCAUGGACAAGUGUGUCUGUGAUUUCCAAGGCCCACUGUGGAGAAUCCAAGAGUAUUUUCUACCACCGUGUUCUUUGAAUGUAGAUUUCUAUUUCUAGAGGUGACAGCACAAGUUUGAGUUGCUCUUUGGUCUGGUGCCCUCAUAGACACUCAUUUGAACUGAAAGGUAAGAGUAAAACUUGCUAGUCACAGGGAAGUCACACUUUCACAAACAGUAGGCAGGGGGAGCCCCGACACUCCAGGAUGUAGAUGGGACAUCCUGCCCCAAGAGAGAGCAGAGAGGGCCCAGUGAGUGUGUCUGUUGCCAAGCUACUUCCUAUAGACGAUGAACCUCAGAAAGAAAAACAUCAACUAUGAGGAAAGUGAUGCUGAGCCCAUUCUAACCAGCAGAUUCCUGUGUAUUACUUGAGUCCAUUUAAACUGGUAGCAAAAAUUGGAAUUUGUGUAGUUGACUAAAAUGAACCAACUUUGCACGGUAAAAUUUUGAGACCUGGACUUGGUAAAAUAAUCGUAAUCUUCCUCUGAGCAUCAGUUUCUCAAAGUGGUUCGAUACUGAGACUUGCCAAACUCCUCCAUGGGCCAAGUGGUCAAAUCUGGUUUUGAAAAAUAGAGAAUUAACCCAAGAUGUAGAGUGCAGAGUGGGCGAGGGGAUCCAGCACCUCUAUCAGUAAUGUUCGGGAGGUGCAUCUCACUUUCUCCUGCUCCUGAUUGAAGACCUAAUUCUUCCUUUCAGUCAUUUAAUGUUUGGGAAAGCCAACCUGGGCUCUGCCUUCAGUCAUGACAUCUUGUUGAGUCAGACUCAUUCUGUUCCUUAGAACCUAGAGCUGGAGUGAGGAGCAGGGAAGAGAGUCUCCAGCUGCUUAGGAAGGAAAACAGAGCCAGACACAUGGCUAAUGAACACCACCACGCGAGGGGUGUACCAAAAUAGUCCUCGUCCUGGCCUGCCAUUGAUCCUGGCUGUAUUUUCUCGAGGGUGGUAUUUCUCCUUCUCCUCCUUCCCAGGCAAGCCUUUGUAUGUCUAAUCCAAUGCACUUAAGUUUGGCCAAGGGACUUGGCAGAACCCAGAAGGCUCAUUGCCUAAAGGUUUACGUCAUUCCUGUGCUGGGCUGUCCAUUGUCAUUGCUGUGUUGAGGGACUUCUGGAAAUGGAGUCCGUUCUGUCUGAAAUCAAGCCAGCCUGUGAUGUUCAAGGGACUGGAAUAAAGUGGCUUACAACUUGAAA